AUGGUAAGGAAACUACGACAGGAUCUUGAACAAGCUGAGCAACUUUUGGAGAAUCUUAAUAUGGAACAUUUGCCGGAUAAGGGUCGGUCUUUAAUGGAUAGAUAUCAGACUUUAAAAAGAAAACUAAAAGAAGAAGACGACACGCUGUCUAAAAUGAAGGUUCCUCAACAAGAUCAAGAAGAUGAAGUUCAAAUAACAAAGUCCAAUACUCCACCCAAAACUCUUUCAUGGAAUGAUAUCGAAACAGGUGCCGGAAAGGUUCAACCAAAUACCUUUGGUAAAAAAGCUAUGUCAACAUAUAAUGCUCAGAAAGCAUUGACAAUCGAUAGACUGCAACAACUGCAUGGAUCUUUAAAAACAUGUCCCAAGGAAAGUGAUCAUGCAGAUCCCCCUAAAGGAUUGACUGUAGAACUUAUGCCCCAUCAACGUCGUGCACUUUCUUGGCUUAUGUGGCGUGAAAAACAAAGGCCAUCGGGAGGUAUAUUAGCUGAUGAUAUGGGACUGGGAAAGACUCUUACAAUGAUUUCUCUAAUGUUAAAAUGCAACGAGAUUGAAAAACAUGACGACGACGAUGAAAACGAAGAAGAAGGGGAACAAGUUAAAAAGUAUAAUGGAGGUACCUUAGUUGUAUGUCCUGCUAGUCUUUUAAGCCAAUGGUCCAGGGAAUUAGAAAUAAGAACAAAAAGAGGACUAGCAUCUUGUGAACUUUACCACGGCGCCAAGCGUGAAAAGAAAGCAAAAAGAUUAGCAAAACACGAUAUGGUUGUUACAACUUACAGUAUAGUCAAUAACGAAUGUGAAAAAAACGGUGCCGUCUUCAAAGUAAAAUGGAGACGUAUUAUUAUAGAUGAAGCUCAUCAAAUCAGAAAUCACAAAUCUCAGACGUCUGAUGCUGUUUGUAGAUUGUCAGCAAAAUCUAGAUGGGCAUUGACUGGAACACCCGUUCACAACAAAGAAUUAGAUAUGUAUGCUUUGUUAAAGUUUUUAAGGUGUACACCUUUCGAUGAUUUACCAGUUUGGAAGAGAUGGGUUGGAGAUAGGAGUACAGGAGGAACAGAACGGUUACACACGGUUAUCUCUUCCCUGAUGUUAAGAAGAACUAAGCCCGAAUUAAUUGAAAAUGGUCUUUUAAAUACUAUGCCCGAAAGGAAAUGGGAACUUAUAUCAGUUGAUUUAACCAAAAGUGAGAGAGAUGUUUACAGCAAAAUCCUUAUAUUUUCUCGUACCUUAUUUGCACAAUUUCUACAUCAAAGGGCAGAAAAGAAUCAAGAUGCGAGGGAUUAUCAAUUAGGCAAUUUAGAAGAUCCAAACGGACCAAAUAAAGAAUACUUUUUAAUGAGGCAGAAAUUGUUAAGGCUUAAUAAACUUAAAGAUAUAAAACAACACGAGAUUCUUGUAUUAUUGCUCCGGUUGAGACAAUUUGCAAUCAUCCCUCUCUUAUAA